AUUGCAGCACAAUUCCCACUAAAAUUGUAUCGUCUCGCCACACUGCUUUUUGAUGUAAUUUUUGCCUGUUCAUUUCUUGAAGCUUUCUGCAUGUUUAGGAUCAACUAUUCUAACAAUGGAAACAAAGGACAAUGUAAGGCUUGGCAUUUUUGGUAACGUAUUGCUAACAAUUUUAGCCCUCAAAGCCUUUUGUGUUUCCAGUCAUGAAAAAGACAAUUGAAGACCUAUUUACCAAGUCGAAAAUUACGAAAGAUGAUAUCGAAGCUUUCCAAGACAAAUAUUGGGAACAACUUGUUCCUAAUUUCAGUCAAGCACUGAAGCUUCUGGAUAUACAUGGAGUUCCAAGACAUAAUAUUUUAUGGAGCAUAAACGAUCGCCUUAUGGAUGCUAUUAAGGCCAGAGUUGACUCGAAGCCUGAUGAUUGUGACCAGAAAAAAUGCCAAAAACUUUGGCAGAAGCUUAUCAAGACGGGAAUAGUGUAUAUCCAUCAUCCAUAUAUGCGUUCAUUAAUCAUGCAGGUUCUUGGUAAAAUGAAUUCAAUUAAAGAAAGGCAUGUCAACCUAAUUGUUGACAACAAAUAUUUAUAUGAUGAUGCUCCUUUACCGGUCUUACGUCAUAUUUGGGUUGCUCAUCCUCACAAAUUUCAAGAGGAAUUAGAUAAAGUUAUAGCAACAUUUCAAUCGACAUGGUCUUCGGCUAUUUUGGAUGCCCUUUCAAUGUCUAUCAUGUCUACUGCAUCGACGACAGCUGAUCUUGUCCCAAUUCUUUAUUGGCCACCUCGUCGUCGUAGACGUGAUCCUUCAAUUGUACGAAUUGUUGAAAUGAUUGGAGAAGGACAAGUCUUGUAUGAUAAAACUAUAAGCAUACUUCGUGAUCAAUGUAUAAAAUGUGAAAGAGCGGCUUAUUCACUUAUGGAACAGCAAAUCAAAUCGACAAUUGCAAAUAAUAAUUCAUCUGAGGAAAUAGAUGAACAACCACCACCAGCUAAACGAAGUAGACAACGUUUAUCAAGUAAAGAAAAAUCUUCAGAUGUAACACAACCUUCAGCUAAUCAACCUAUUCCAUAUAUUCCAUUAGCUUUUAUGCCUAAUCAACCUUCAGUUGCUUCAGCCACCUUAUGCACACUACGUUUUGAUUUAUUGAUGAGUUUAAACGAAGCAAAAAUUGACCGAUUGUGUGUUCCUGAUAGAAUCCAUCGUUUUGUUUGGUGCUUAGAUGCAUGUGUUCGUAAUCGUCGAAUCGAUCAAAGGCAUGCUAGUGAAUUAGCCUAUCAUUUACAAUUACAACGUCGUCGUUGGGCUAAAGAAACAGCUGAUGAAUGUCAUGAAUCAUAUGAAGAAUCUAAUGAAAAUAUCAGUGGAGAAAUGUCUAAACGUGGACAUUCUAGUUCUUCUCGUGGUAAAAAUUCUAAAAGUGGUAAAACCAAUCGAAAACAAUCUCCUUCAAGUACAGAAAAAUAUUGCGAUUCAGACGAUGUAGAAAAGACAGCUGAUGUAAACUUGUUAGAAAAAGAUAUGCAUAUGGCUUGUCGAGAUCCAUGGGUUGUUUACACCAUUUGUACAUCAUUAAUUCGUUACGUACUUAAUGGACUUUAUGAAGACAAAUUACCUCGGGAUAUACCUGAAGUGCACUUGCUUGUUCAUUUAUUAGUACUUGGCUUAGGCGACGAUUUAAUCCCGUAUUCUUGUUUACAUUUAAAAACCAAAGAAAAUUCUAUGAGUAAACGUAAUAGUACUACCACUACGGGUACUUCUUCUACACCAUCAACAUCAUCAUCCGAUAUUGAUGAUCCUACAUUGAAUUGUCCAUCAAAAGCAUUAAUUAGUUAUAUUUUACCAGCUGUUGCACAAUUACAAGUAUUAACAUGGAGAGCACAAGUGGCUGAAGAGAUUUUAACAUUAAGCAAUAAUUUAUGGCCUACUACUAGUUUGGAAAAUACUACUGGCAGUAGUAAUAGUAGUAGUGGUGGCGGUGGUGGUGGGUUAACACCAUCUAAUAAUAAUACAAAUCAACGAUCAACAUCUCAUGAAUCAAGAGAAUCAUUUAAUCCAUCAUCGUCAUCAUCAUCACCAUCAUCAUUGCCAACAUCACCACCAUUGGUUUGGCAAAAACGUAUUAAAGAUGCUACUCAAUGUGUCAAUAUAACCGUACCAUCAGGUUAUUUAGCACAUCCAAUUGGUUAUUUGAUUUUACAAUAUCAUUGUUUAUUUUGUUUAGAACGUAAUGAAUUAGCUACAUUACGUGCUUUAUUAAAAUUAGCUGUAACACUUGCACAAUCACGUGUAAAUCGUCCUAGUCAUCAUAAUAAAUCUACAACACAAUCUCAACCAAUUACACCAACAAAAGUGUUAUGUUCUGAUUCAUUAAUUUCUAAUAAUAAAUUUGGCCUAUCUGUUAUUUUUCGUUGGCGUCCAGAAGUUUUACAAGCUUUAGUUUUAGGAAUUUCACGCUUACCUCAAUCUGCGCCUGCUUUUGUGGAUAUUGAUCGAAAUACACAUAUUACUGAAGGUUCUGUUGAAUCUUCUUUAAAUGAUAAUACUGGUCAAUCGGAUUCUGAUAAUAAUUCAUCUAAUAUAUCAUCUUUAGUUCGUACAAAUUCAAUGAUGUCAAAUAUAAUUUCUAACAAUGAAUUAGGAAAUAAUAUUAUUGGUUUUACUAAUGUUCUAAAUUCUACUUGUCAAAAUACUAAUCCAGAAUCUUACUCUACCAUAACAGGGUCAAUUGUUACACGCGCUAAUUUAGCUGGUCUACUCAGAUCUAGUUUACCAUUAAUUAAUGAUGUACAAUUAUUAGCUCUUGCUCAAGUUGCCUUACUUGUACCUGGACCAACGAAUACCAGUUUAGGAACUGGUGGUAUGUCUAGUAGUAGUGGCACCAAUGUAUCCUCCAUUCAUCCUUUGUCUUCUGGAACUACUACUACUGUUACUACAACUACUACGGAUGUUAGUAGUAUCAAUGAAUCUGUCUCACCUGCACCUAGUUUAAGUGAACGUGAAAAACUUGUCAAUACAUUAGCAAGACAUUGUAAUAUUACAUCUGUUGGUAGUACUGGUACAUUGUCAACUAAUGAUUCGAAUUUAUUAUUUGAAUCCAGUACACAACAAUCUGGUACAGCAGCCGGUUCAACUGGAAGCUAUAAAUCAUCAAAUCCACGUGUUUUAGCUGCUUUGGAUGUUCUGCGUAAAGAUAUUGAAAAAUCCCAUAAUUCGCUUGCAUCACCGUUAACACCAACAAAUUUAGUUGGAAUUAAAACUGGACCUUGUGGUUACAGUUCAUCAGCGUCAUCAUUAAAUGCAUCAGCAAAUCUCUUAACGAACUUUACUGGUUUUCAAAUGCCAGAUGCAUGGGUUGCUCCAUCGCCUCGUAGUCCUUUAUCGAGCAAUAAAUAUUCACGUUUUGGUGCAGACUCACUACAGUCAUCGAAUAGUAGCACUACAUCAUUAACUGGUACCAGCUUAUCAUCGUGUUACUCAUCAUCAUCAACAACAUCUUAUGGUUUAAAUUUGCCUAUCGGAACACCUCUUACUAAUCCAGGUCUAAUGGGAGCUACACCUCAUCUGAGCAAUCUACAUAUUGGACAAGGUCAAAUGCCAAAUCUACGUAAACUACCAACUCUUACUCCCUCACCUGGUCUAUUAUCAUCGUCAUCAUCAUCAAGAGAAUUCCGUACUCCUCUGUCUCCUAAUCCUAUUCAUCAACAAAGAAAUAAGUUUGGCACUGAUACAUUGUAUGCUUCAUGCCCAUCUCCAGCUGUACAUCGACCAGGUGCCUCUCAUGAUAAUAGUAAUAUUGCUAUUCCUAGAUCUCCUUCACCACCACCUUCGUAAUAUAUUAUGUGAAUAAUUUUUUCCUCCUACUGUAUUUCGUAUGUGUAUGUAAAGUUUUUGCAAUUUUAUCUGACUUAUUAAGUCAACUCAACAAUCAACUACUGUUAAUUGUGAAUACAAACAACUUAUGACAUGUAUGUAUAAACUUCGAACAGUUUUAUUUUGUUUAAUAUUAUCUGGUUUCUUUUUAAUUUUUCGAAACUAACAAAUUAAUCAAAAUUUGAAAUAGUAACUGUUGGAUUCUUGCGGGAAGUUAAAUAUUCAGUGACUGAUAUCUAGUACUUGAUUAAGAAGUUGAAAAUUGGUAAGUAUAUCAAUUGUACAAUGAAAUAGCAAAUAUAAUGUGAAAGUUAAUAUACAAGAAACACCUUAUUUUAAAGAAGAUUGAGUCUGAAACAGUAAUUGCUUGUUGAGUGUAUUAGAUUUGAUUCCGAACAUAGUCAAGGAUUUUCAUGGGGUCUUUCAGGCUACCACAUCUAUUAUGACUCAACUGAAACAGAUAAAUCAUUUAUUUGUGUAUGGUUUAUGCAAUCGGGGACUAACACUUAGAUGGAGGACUAGAGAGCGUUUAUUUGUUUACAAAUGUACAAUUAUAAUUAUCAGACUCGUUCAUAA